AUGACCGCCGCAGCACAAGAAGGUACUUCCAAAGAUAAGCCCAAGGACAAUAAGUCUAAGGACAAUAAAUCCAAGGGUAAAACUAAGGAAAAAGCCAAGGCACUUUCAGCUAAGAAAGCUGUUACGAAAGGGGUUAUUAGUAAGGAAAAAAAGAAGCCCCGUUAUUCCACGACCUUCCAUCGUCCAAGGACUUUGCGUUUAGCGCGAUCACCUAAAUAUCCACGCAAAUCUAUUCCACAUGCACGUCGUCUUGAUCAUUACAAAAUUCUAAAAAACCCUUUAAACACCGAAUCUGCAAUGAAGAAAAUUGAGGAUACAAAUACACUUGUUUUCAUUGUUGAUACCCAAGCUAAUAAGCGUCAAAUCAAGGAAGCAGUGAAGAAACUGUAUGAUGUUGAUGCUCAAAAGAUUAAUACAUUGAUAAGACCAAACGGAACCAAGAAAGCUUAUGUUCGUCUUACACCUGAUGUAGAAGCAUUGGAUGUUGCAAAUAAGAUCGGAUUCAUUUAA